UGAAACUUGGAGCUCACAAAACAGUCAACAUCGAUCCUCCGAUGAGGAAAGCAGUUGAAGCGAAUAAACUACUAUAAGUCUUUAUUUGGAAGAGAGGAAAAAAAGCAGAAAGUGAAAACUGAUUUUCGCAGUGGAGAAAUUAGAGCAGAAAAUUGUGAUGCGGAAUAAGCGGUUCUGAGAACAGUUUCUUUGUUUGAAAAUUGAGACCAAUUUGAAUCGUGAUUAACUUUGGCAUUUUUUGGAACGCAGUUUAAUAAAACUUAUUUUGUGUAUUUCGUGCAUUAUUCAAAGCUCUAAUUAUAGUGAGUUUGUGUUUUGACUUUAGUCUAUUUCGUUGUUUAGGAUCGUGUCAUCCCAAUGCCGGCCGAAUGUGCCGCCAACCCUCUACAGAGGGCCCUGGCUGACGCCAUUAUACGUAUGGUACCGAUGGAUGAGCUGCGUAUAUUGUUGGCCUGCGGAGCUAAGGUGAACGAGCAGGUUACUCAGGGAUUGCGCCCGAUGCAUUAUGCAGUAUGGCAGAAUAAUGAGGCUGCCGUAAAUCUGCUACUAGUACGUAAUGCCGACAUCAAUGCAAUCGAUGAGGUUGGAUACAGUGCGCUACACUUGGCGGCAGAGCAUGGCUACUACAACCUAGCAAAGAUUCUACUGGAUGCCGGUUGCAAGGUAGAUUACCGUGACCCAACCGAUGAUCCUUACCCGAGAACUACACUUUGCGAUGAGCCGCUUCGCUUAGCCCUUCGCAACCGUCACUAUAACGUGGCACGUCUUUUACUGGAACGUGGAGCUGAUCCGAACAAGAGAUACUUUUUUGGUUCGGAAAUUAAUUUGGCCACGGACGUCGAAAGCUUGGACCUAUUACUUACUUUUGGAGCCAAGACAGAGGCUCGUGAUCGCUCCGGAAUCACUCCGCUUAUGAGAGCCGUCCGUACAAAUGGAAAUAUGGAAUCCGUUUUGCUGCUUCUGCAGUACGGAGCGGAUGUGAAUGCCAUGACAGAUGUCAGGAAUGAUUAUCGCACCGUGCUACAUUAUGCCGUCCUUUCAGGAAACGCCUCUCUGGUCACACUGCUUAUCAAGCAGGGAGCUCGCGUGGACAUCCCGGCCCCUUUGCCGGAGCCGGACUCCCCCAGUCCACUUGAUCUAGCAGUACUGCGUGGAGAUCCUGCCCUGGUCCGGAUACUGUUAGAAAACGGAGCCAAUGUGAAUCGCUGCAGUCCCAUAAUCGGUUCGCCACUUCAUGUGGCCUGCGCGGACAACAUUCCUCACAGAGUAGAAAUUAUGAAGAUGCUCUUAUCGUAUGGUGCCGACCCUAAUGUGCGUGUCAUUGGAGACAUUGCUACCAAUGCCAUCUUGAGACCUCCACUAGCAGAACUGAUUGCCAGCAAUGAAGUUGUGACUCCAGAAGAACUCCGUCUUUUACUAAGAUAUGGCGCUAGAGUCAUUCUAAAAACCCAAUUCCGCGAUUCGGACGGUCUGCUUAACUGCUUCAGCAACAUGGACCCCAACUCGGCUUCGUUCCGCAUCAUCUUGGAGGCAGCGGAAGAGUUUGACCCGUGCAUGAUCCGCCGAAAUCGAGACCUCAGCGACGACCAAAGGAAGUUUAUGCUGGAACGUGCUACGACGCCAGUCCCGCUGAAAUCCCGCGUGCGAGCCCAUUUUAGAAGAUUGUUUGGUCGUAAUCUGCCAGAGUUUGUGCCCUGUUUGUUCAUCCCUAGGGAACUGCAGAGCUAUUUGCUGUACGAGCAUAGCUUCUGAGCAUCUCUGUUUUGGUAGUUGUAAGCGAUGACCCAACGAGAAGGUACAAACUAUUUUGGAGGCAAUUAGGCUGCGUAUUUAGUCAGCUAUUGUUAAUUUGUAUCACAGAAACUGUGAGAGCCAGCUGUUGUAACAACCCGAUAAGACUUUUUCUAAAGCAAACGAAUGUAUUCCUAAAGCAAAAUUAAGUGAAGCUCGAGAAAAAACAGAAAAUAAUUAUCAAUUUAAUAAUUAGUAUAUAGAUUUUUUGAGUAAAGUAAAUCGAAGCACUGCCACUUUUCAUGGGCGGAUGUUUAGUCAGACCCGAUUUCUCUGGUGAAGUAGAAGCUCUGCGAGGAAGGUGAGGUGAUAAUAAUUGGUUUUGAGCAGAAUUGAUCAAAAUUUAAUAAAACGAUUCUUAUGACAAUUUUAAUCAGUCUAAUGAGGAAAAUUGACAAUUAUAAUUAAUAUAGGUUUUGAUAAGUAAACUAUACUUGCAGACUCUGUAACUUGUUGGUGAUAUAAAUAUGUAAAUAUGUAACCCUCAAUAAAUUUGUACUUAUAAAUAUUAUA